UACUGCCGCUAGGUGGCAUAGUAUAUUAUUUUGGUUCCGUAACCCACGAAGAAGAAGUAGAGACGUAAUCUUCCGUGUUUCAAAUGCUUGAUAGCAACGAAAUAUACUACUGAACGGACCCGUGAGAAUAGAAAAUAUAUUACAGUUUUGUACUAGGAUGGAAUCUCCAACUAAAAAUGCAACGCCACACAGAACCCGCAUCCGGACCCCUGGUCAGGAACCUGACUCCCCACUACCUCCCAUUAAUGAGCGGCUGGCGUACCUGCGUCCAUCUAGGGAGCUCUUGGAGUUCUACAGACAGAAGAUUGCCCAGUUUGACACCGAACACGAAGAGCUGCUGCAGAUGCUAGAGAAGUACAAAGGCAUCACAGAGGACCAGCAUAAACUACAGUGGGAGGUACGACAGCGUGAGGGAGAAAUUGCUGAGCUGCAAAAUGCUCUUAGUGACAUGCAGGUCUAUUUGUUUCAAGAGAGAGAGCAGUCUCUGCGCCUGUAUGCAGAAAAUGACCGACUGAAGAUCAGAGAGCUGGAGGACAGGAAGAAAAUCCAGCACCUUCUUGCACUGGUGGGGCCUGACACAGGAGAGAUCACAUACUUUCACAGAGAACCACCUCACAAGGUUACAAUCACACAGAGAAAACCCGAGUCCACACUGGAGGAAAGUCUCAGUCUGAGACCAGCAAAGCUAAAACCUACUGUGAUAAGAAAAGAGAGUGGCAGAAGAACAAAAUCCGCAGAUGGUAUAGAUGGAGAAACACUGGAACAAUACAAGAAUGAAAACCAGACUUUGUUACUUCAGGUGGAGGCGCUACAGGCUCAGAUGGAGGAACAGACCCGUCUGGCCAAAGAACAGAUAGAAUCUCUGCUGGAGGAUGGAAGAAUUAAAACAGAGGAAGCAAAAGGACAAUGGCAGAAAGAUCAGGAUCGAAUCACUGCACUUACUGACAGGCUUCAGAAAACGCAGAAGCUUUUGUAUGAGAGCACCAGGGAUUACUUGCAGCUCAAGUUUGAUACACGGACCCAUGAAAAGAGCUGGAUGGUGGAGAAGGACCGGCUGCUGAGAGAGCUAGACUCAUGCCACAACCGCCUGAGGAAGGCUGGGUCCUCUGGUGGUGAUCCAGGACGAACAUGGCAGCCCAGCAGCAGUACAACUGUGCUCCUUCACCAUCCUCAUCCGGAAUCACAGCAAACACACAAGGAGGAGCUAAAAGCAUUGCAAGAAGAUCUGAAACAAGCACAUCGUCUGGCAGAGAUGUAUAGGGAGCAGUGUAUCACUCUGGAGACAGAACUGGGCCAAAUCCGAGAGGAAGGAGACGUGGGCAGAGAGAUAUUCAAGGAGCGUUCAGACAAAAUGGCCAAGCGACUUCAGCUGAUGACUCAGCGCUAUGAGGCUUUGGAAAAGAGGAGGGUCAUGGAGGUGGAGGGCUUCAAGGCUGACCUGAAGCACCUCCGACAGAAGUUCAAAGAUGUAGAAAAGCAACUCCUUAAGGUUACUCUGAAUGUUGGGCCGAACCAGGACCUAGCAAUUCUGCAUGAGGUGCGUCAGACCAACACCAGGACUAAAAAGGUUCAGAGUGAGCUGAUGGCACUGAAGGCUAAAAUCUAUGGACUGGAAAAUGAGCUAAGGUUCAGCUAAGAAUGGACUGUGAUGCCUUGGGUGUUUGUACAGGAAAUCGCAUGUGAGGUUGAUUUCAAUGUUGAGUAUUAUAUUUGUAUUUUUGACCAAUAAAAACGUUUUUUGGACUGACA